AUGGAAAACUACAAGUCUAUCAACACACCUCUAGUGCAAAAUAAGAAGUUAUGCAAGGAGGAUGAAGCAGCUAAAGUGGAUGAAACAAAAUACAGAAGCAUGGUUGGCUAUUUGUUAUACUUAACGGCAACAAGAUCUGACAUAAUGUAUGCGGCUAGCUUUCUCUCUAGAUUCAUGAAUGGACCAAGUGAGAUGCAUUUGAAAGCAACAAAAAGAGUCCUUAGAUAUAUUAGAGGCUGUGCAGACUUGGGAAUCUGGUUCAGGAAAGCUAAAAAGCUCAACUUAUAUGGCUACUCUGAUAGUGAUUGGGGUGGUUCUUUGGAUAAUAUGAAGAGCACCUCAUGCUAUGUUUUCUACUUGAAUUCAGGGGCCAUAAGUUGGAUAUCCAAGAAGCAAAAGGUUGUAGCACAAUCAACCACAGAAGUAGAAUAUAUUUCUGAUGUUGCUGCCGUCAACCAACUUAUUGGUUGA